AUGUUUGGAUUUGUUUUCUUACCUUCCAUUUUCAUCUUUAUUAAAAUAUUUACAUGAACAGUUUCAGCCUGGAAUUUGGUAUAGGAAGAACGCUGAAAUUGACAUGUCCUUCUUUUUAACCAGGAUCCCAGGUUUCUGGGGAAGGGGAUGGUGAAGUGGGUAAGAGUAUGAAUUUUUGAUGUCAAGCCAGUUCUACCAUUUACCACCUUUUAUCACCUUGGACGAGUGACCUGACUUCCCUGGGCUUCCAUUUCUUCAUCUGUGAGGAGAGAGUAUUUCUCACAGGGUCAAUGGAAGCAUAAAUGAGAUAAUAUACAUAAAAAUGUAUUUGGUGCAUGGUAAGAGCUCAAUAAAUGGCAGCUUCUUUAUUUUUGUGCUAUCAGUAGAGACUUACAUUUGUUAUUCAGGAUCAUCUUGGAAUGGACAUUGAGUUGAUGUCUUAGUAGUGCAGAAUAUCUGCUUCCUUGUUAGGGUGUAAUUCUGUGAAUAAUACAACAUGUCUGAGUAGAGAGUUAAUUCCACGGUUCUUCAGAAAGAAAGAAAGAAAGAAAGAGAGAGAGAGAGAGAGAGAAAGAAAGAAAGAGAAAGAAAGAAACUAGCAAAGAAAAGCAGAAAGGCUUAAAAGGAGUAAUGCACACUCCUCUAUAUUUCUUUGUCCCUUCCUUCCGAAGAGAGGCUCAGGUAGAGGUAUAUGGAUUUGGGAUUUGGGAAUCUUGUACAUCAAGAUAUUCAUAAAGUGGGCGAGGUCAUUGUGGGAGUGAGAAAAGGGAAGGAUUGAAGAUAGACUCUUUAGGGGCAUAGAUCUGUAGCUUACAGGAAGGAAGGUCAGGAAAGACCUGAACCCCACUCAGUGUGGUGCACAGCACAUUAAACCUGAAGUUAGGAGAUCUGGGUUCUCGUCUCGCUUUCUCCAUUUGGGGCUUGUGUGCCUCUAGGCACAUCCCUUCCCUGUUGUACAAACUAGACUUUGUUUCCAGGGCUCCUUGAAUACCUGAGUUUCUCCAUUCUGAACCUACUUGGAAACAAUAACGCAAAUGGAGGUAGUGGAAUGUCCCUGAAACAGACCAGUUGUUCCAUUAUGGAUGGAGGGGAUGAUGGUAAUCUUGUUAUCAAAAAGAGGUUUGUGUCCGAGGCAGAACUAGAUGAACGGCGCAAAAGGAGGCAAGAAGAAUGGGAGAAAGUUCGAAAACCUGAAGAUCCAGAAGAAUGUCCAGAGGAGGUUUAUGACCCUCGGUCUCUGUAUGAAAGGCUACAGGAACAGAAAGACAGGAAGCAGCAGGAGUAUGAGGAGCAGUUCAAAUUCAAAAACAUGGUAAGAGGCUUAGACGAAGAUGAGACUAACUUCCUCGACGAGGUUUCCCGGCAGCAGGAACUACUAGAAAAGCAACGAAGAGAAGAAGAACUGAAAGAACUGAAGGAAUACAGAAGUAAUCUCAACAAAGUUGGACUUUCUCCAGAAAACAAGAAGGAGGUGGAGAAGAAAGUGGCUGUGAAAUCCAUAGAAACCAAGAACAAGUUCUCCCAGGCGAAGCUGUUGGCAGGAGCUGUGAAACAUAAGAGCUCAGAGAGCGGGAACAGCGUGAAAAGACUGAAGUCGGACACUGACCCAGAUGACAAGAGUCAAGAAGCCCCGUCCUGCAUGUCUCUUGGAAGCACGUCCCUGAGCACUCCUUCCAUCCACUGCCCCUCCGCCGCGGUCUGUAUUGGCAUCCUCCCAGGCUUGGGUGCCUAUUCCGGCAGCAGCGACUCCGAGUCCAGCUCAGACAGUGAAGGCACCAUCAACGCCACUGGCAAGAUCGUCUCCUCCAUCUUCCGAACCAACACCUUCCUCGAGGCCCCCUAGCUCCCGUGUCCCUCCCAAGCUCCUGCCCAAGAGUAGACCGGACGGUUUGUUCUGCCUACGGGCAUUACCUCCCUCAGAACUCCUUUGCCUGCUUCCUGUGCGCACCGUGACAUUUUUAACCUCAUCUAAAAAUGUGCCAGAGUCCA